ACAAUUUCACGAUGCGCUAGCGAUGAAAUUCUCGGCCCAUUAUUUGAACACUAUUUAGCUGUCCUUUUUGAUUUAGAAGUAACUUUUCCAUUGCCUAUGGAAACUAUUGAGGAUUCAAAUUCAGUACAAACGAGUGAAGAACCAGAAAAUAUGCAGGUUGAAGAUGAUCUAAAUAGUGAUGAUCAAAAUGUUUCACAAUAUAAUGACAACACAUUACAAAUUUCAUCAAUCAAAAGGAAGCCCGAAGCUAAAGAUAUUAAAGAAAUCAGAGAAUUAUGGAAACAAAAAUUAGAAGACAUGCAUUAUAAUUCGAUUUAUGAUGAAACUAUCAUAACCAACCCUUUUAGGAAUUAUCUUCGCAUAUUUGUUGAAGAAAAAAUACCAUAUGCAAAUGAAAAUUUAAUGACAAUUGAUCAAA